AUGUCCUGUGUGCACUAUAAAUUUUUCUCUAAACUCACCUAUUGCACCAUCACCUUUGAUGGGCUCCAUAUCUCCCUCUGCGAUUUAAAGAAGCAGAUUAUGGGGAGAGAAAAGCUGAAAGCUACCUACAGUGAUCUGCAGAUCACCAAUGCAGAGACAGAAGAAUAUACUGAUGUUAAUGCACUAAUUCCUAAAAAUUCAUCUGUAAUAGUCAGAAGAAUUCCUGUCGGAGGUGUUAAGUCUACAAGCAAGACACGUGUUAUAAGUCAAACUAGACCAGUGAUGGGAACUACAAAAGCAAUUGGUGACUCUUCUGCAUCUCUUUCUCUGGCCCAUAACUGCUCCAUACCCUUUCAUCUUUGGAAUAUUACU